GGGCAGUGGGUGUGAAGGGGCGGGCCCAGACCGCUCUGCACUCGGGUUUUUCUCCGCUUCUGCGAGCUCCCUCAUUGCAUCAUCUUCAGUCAGUGACCGCAGUGAAAGGCUGGGCGCGGCGCGAUCCACUCAGGCCGGGGCUCUAGUUCGGUCUCCCGCGUCUGUCCUGGCCCUUCCCACACCUGCUCCAGCGCCAAAGCCGGGGGACCCCAGCGGGCGGACUCCGAGAACCUGCUAGGCACAGCUAGCGGACCUCGCCUGCUCCACGGGAUCCAUUCAUUGAGAGCCGAGUCUUUUCCCGGAGCGCGAGUCGCCCGCCUUCUCCAGCUCGAAGCCGCGGACAGCGCCAUGGAGAAAAGCAGUGAGACCAACGGCUACCUAGACAGCGCCCAGGAGGGGCCUGCAGCGGGGCCUGGCGAGCCCGGGACCACUGCUGGACGCGCGGGGCGCUGCGCCGGCUUCCUGCGGCGCCACGGGCUUGUGCUGCUCACGGUGUCCGGGGUGGUGGCGGGUGCCGGCCUGGGCGCGGCGUUGCGUGGACUCAAGCUGAAUCGCACACAGGUCACCUACCUGGCCUUUCCGGGCGAGAUGCUGCUCCGCAUGCUGCGUAUGAUCAUCCUGCCGCUGGUGGUCUGCAGCCUGGUGUCGGGCGCCGCCUCCCUCGACGCCAGCUCUCUCGGGCGCCUGGGCGGCAUCGCCAUCGCCUACUUCGGCCUCACCACGCUAGGAGCCUCGGCUCUCGCGGUCGCUUUGGCGUUCAUCAUCAAACCUGGAUCUGGCGCUCAGACCCUUCAGUCCAGCGACCUGGGUCUGGAGGAUUCGGGGCCCCCACCGGUCCCCAAAGAGACAGUGGACUCCUUCCUUGACCUGACCAGAAACCUGUUUCCUUCAAAUCUUGUGGUUGCAGCUUUCCGGACGUAUGCAACUGACUACAGAGAGGUGAUCCACAACACAAGCGCUGGAAACGUGACCAUUGAAAAAAUCCCCGUUGGCACCGAAAUUGAAGGGAUGAACAUUUUAGGAUUGGUCCUUUUUGCCCUGGUGUUAGGAGUGGCCCUGAAGAAACUCGGCUCCGAAGGAGAAGAGCUCAUUCGCUUCUUCAACGCCUUCAAUGAGGCGACCAUGGUGCUGGUGUCGUGGAUUAUGUGGUAUGUACCUGUGGGCAUCAUGUUCCUGGUUGGAAGCAAGAUUGUCGAAAUGAAGGACAUCAUCAUGCUGGUGACCAGCCUGGGGAAAUACAUCUUCACGUCUAUAUUGGGCCAUUUUAUUCAUGGAGGAAUUGUUCUGCCACUUAUUUAUUUUGUCUUUACGAGAAAAAACCCAUUUAGGUUCCUCCUGGGCCUCCUCACGCCAUUUGCAACAGCGUUUGCCACCUGCUCCAGCUCAGCAACCCUUCCCUCUAUGAUGAAGUGCAUUGAAGAAAACAAUGGUGUAGACAAGAGGAUCAGCCGGUUCAUUCUCCCCAUCGGGGCCACUGUGAACAUGGAUGGCGCAGCCAUCUUCCAGUGUGUGGCUGCAGUGUUCAUUGCCCAGCUCAACAACGUGGAGCUGAGAGCUGGACAGAUUUUCACCAUUCUAGUGACUGCCACGGCAUCCAGUGUUGGAGCAGCAGGUGUGCCCGCUGGAGGGGUCCUCACCAUCGCCAUUAUCCUGGAGGCCAUCGGGCUGCCCACUCAUGACCUCUCCCUGAUCCUGGCUGUGGACUGGAUUGUGGACCGCACCACCACCGUGGUGAACGUGGAGGGCGAUGCCCUGGGUGCGGGCAUCCUCCAUCACCUGAAUCAGAAGGCGAUGAAGAGAGGGGAGCAGGAGCUGAGCGAGGUCAAAGUGGAGGCCAUCCCUAACUGCAAGUCGGAGGAGGAGACGUCGCCCCUGGUGACACACCCAAACCCUGCCGGCCCAGCAGCCAGCACCCCAGAGUCUAAGGAGUCGGUUCUGUGAUGGGGCUGGGCUUCCAGCUCACCCACCGGGGGUGCCCACCCCAUCAGUCUGGCCACCUGGCCCUGGCACCGCCCUCACUGACUUUUUGCCUCCCGAGCAAUGCAUUGGCCCAGCCACCGGUUUGGCGGUUACUUCUUGGCACAGACAUUGGGGUUCCGGACCAAGACACUCAGACAUCUGACACUCGACCAUGACAGGUCAAGUGUGCGCACCCCGGCUCUGUCUGGAAACAGACCCUCGAGCUGCCAGGGUGGGGAGUUACAGGCUCACAGAGACCUGGCAGUUAAAGCUUGGAAGAUGCACAUGUUAUUGCAUUGCACCCAGGAAAGUUCAGCAUUUGGAUACUUCCUGGACAGACCUGGGCGGGUGGCAGUCAUCUGUCACCUUGUGAGCCAGAAUAAUUGGAAAAAUUCCCAAAUUCGUAUUCUUGGCUGGAAUUCUCUGAGCUGGGACUCAGGUGUUAAAGAGUCUCUGACUAGGCGUGGCUGGCUUCUGGGUCACUGGGCUGGAGGCGUUGUGUGCCCAUCAAGUUAGAAAUACUCCAUGGUGUUAGCACUGCUGGUAUCUCUGGUUAGCGGCAUUAAGUAAACAAGUACAUUCUGAAGUCAAAGAAAGGAGGGGGAGUGCAGCCUGCAGGGGAAAGGGAAGCAGCCCGACAGGUAAGGACACACACUCACACACACACACACACACACUCACACACACGAAUAUUAAUGUCCCCAAUCUGGCCCCAGCCCUGGGAAGUUUUCUGCUUUCGUGACCUGGACCUCUGCCAACACUGUGGCUUUAACCACCUCCACUCUGAUUUGGCAACAGGCCACAGAGGGGCCUCUGCCUCUGGGGAGGUGUGAUAUGAUCAUUACAUUCAGGACCCUGACUGGUUUAGCAAUAGAUUUCAAUCCAACUAGACCCUCCCUUAAAGCAAAACAAAUUUUUUUUUUUUUUAAAUACUACAAACCCACCCUUCACUGGGGUGAAGCCAGAUGUCCUGGCUUUGGCUGAUUUGGAUAAGCUUGGUUUCCCUUUCCUCCAGUACAUCAGAGUUUAAAAUUAUCAGCCAAAUGGUCUACCUGAUACCUACUGACUCAGGUUGAACCUUGGAGAGGGGGCUUUAUAGACAGAACCAGUGUUGCCAGGGGCAGGGAAGGAAGACCUAAAAGGCACAAGACUGCUGUUUCGCUGUAGUUGGUGUGUAUGUGUGGGGUGACCUACAGCAAGUCCUGGGGCCUCACUUUACCCCAUCAGUAAAAUGGGGCUGAUGUCACCUGCCUUUUACCUACCUCAGAGGAAUCUGGUGAGGCAAACUGAGUGAAUUUGUGGAAAAUGACCAUUUCACAUCUUGGCUAUUAAGUGCUAACACUUAACCCCGUACCUUCCUCACUGUUACCUAAGUGAUACCUAAGUUCUCCAGGAGGCUCCUUCUCCCAGGGAGGACAGCUUUUAUGAGCAGGGCUUUGUUUUGUGUGCAGGAGCAACUGUUGUCAUGUCACUUGUCCUCUAGGCAGUUUCUUGUGAGCAUCAAAUGCAUCCUCUUCCUGUUGUCCUUCAUCUUUUUGUAAAUUAACCUCCCAGACCACUUGUGGGUCCCUGGCCUCCCAGUGACUCCCAGACCCAGGCACGUUUCUGCCACCACACGCUGGCCAUUAUUCAAGCUCCCAAACUUUCAGCCUUGCUCAUUCCCCUGUUUUUUCUGUUGCUAUCACCCAGGCCCUGCAGAAGGGGAGCACACCAUUAUGAUGCAUGUCCCAUCACAGCUCGAAUAGGGGGAGGGACAGAGACAGUGAAGCUCCCCUAUUUUAAGAUUAUGGGGCAUGGGCCUGAGCAUAAGUGGUGGGGAAUAGCCAAGGGGCACAGGGAAGACCCAGCCAGUGGGCAGGCCCUGCUCUCUCUAGCCCUCUUUAAAACAAGCUAAGCCACUCCUGUGAAGCAGGAGUGCAGUACACGGAAGCCUUUACCCUCUGGCUUGUUGUUGAUGCCUUCUGUUUUUGAAGGAGAAAUAAUCAUAUGGCUAGAUUCCAGACUGCAAGUGAACAUUCAUUAUUUUUCAGGCUUUGCUAGAUCUUAUUUUUCCCUCUUCCACAUCUAUGUAACUAUGUGUGUACACACAUAUGUGUAGCAUGUGGGGGGUAUACAUGUGUUUAGCAUCUAUAUCUACAUGUGUGUUUGUGCAUUUUAGCUCCAGUCCAAACAAGUUUGAAUUUUUGGACAGAGAUGAAUUAACUGCAAGUUGUGUGGCUUUGGCAUCCUGAUUUUCCUGUUUCUAAAGCUGAAUUUCACAAAACAUGGACAGUCUGACCCAGGGGCUGCACACACUUUCUCCAGGACCUGGCAGUGCAGUGUGGGGAGCACGUGGCCUAGGGAAGGGUGCUUCCAUGUAAAACCCCUAUGAUGAUCGCUCCCCUCUCCCUGGUUUCUCCGUUUUUCUGUCCGAAAGAGGAAUCAGACUGGGGGUGACCCAGCUGGGGGAACAUGCCACCCUCUCAUUGUCUGAUGAUGUGUCCCCUGCUCUAACAUGUUGUAAUGCUGUUCAUCUCUGUUUUCAAUAUGUGACACUUGCCUUAAAACAUAGCAGUCUUCAAAAUGAAUACAGCAUUUCUACUAGAA